AUGGGUAGUCGAUCGACUCUUCAUCCGCGUGUUGUUCGCGGUCAGCUCAAUCGCAAUUUGUGGACGGUGAUGAGUGAGGUUGAAGAAGAGAUCAGUGAUGCAUUCAACGAUUCUUGGCCUGCAUGUGACGACUGGACCGAAGUAGACGUAAACGAUCGAAUCGUCCAGAUAGUUGCUCGUGUAUCCAGCCGAAUGUUUGGAGGCACAACCCUCAGUCGAAACAAAGAAUGGGUACAGGCCUCAAUCAACUUCGCCACGGAUGGAUUCAUCGGAGCACAAGCACUCAAAGCCUACCCCGAGAUCCUCAAGCCCAUUGCAGCACGAUUCAUUCCCGCCAUCCAACAAAUCAAAAAACACUACGAAGCAGCCGAAAAAGCCGCAAUUCCACUCCUGAACCAACGCGAAAAAACCGGAGAAGCCGCUCCAGAUUUACUCUAUUGGAUGGCCCAAGACGCCAAAGACUCCUCAGAAAAAGACAAAAAAUUCCUCGCUGGAAUUCUCCUCAAAGUGAGCUUCGCAGCCAUCCACACCAGCGCCGCCGCUCCCACCCAACUCCUCUACGACUUGUGUGCCAUGCCCGAAUACAUCGAACCGCUGCGCGAAGAAAUCAGAAAAAAUACUUCAGAGGAAAGUUUGAUGACGCGCAAAAAUUACGAGGGGUUGACGAAACUCGAUAGCAUUAUGAAGGAAAGUCAACGCCAUAAUCCCCUUUUGCUGAUUACUUUCGAGAGAGUUAUAACGAAAAAUUAUACUCUUUCCGACGGCUUUGUUAUUCCUGCACAUACUACCAUUGGAAUCCCCACACACGCUAUCUCCAUGGAUCCCGAAAUCAUCUCCAAUCCCGAAAAAUUCGACGGGUUCCGUUUCGCUCAAUCCUCCACAUCAUCCACCACCAACAACAACCUUCCCGAUGACAAAACCCCCUCCAAUCUCUACGCGGCCGCUCGUCCCACGAGUAUGGCUUUUGGCUAUGGACGACAUGCUUGCCCAGGGAGAUUUUUCGCUGCGGCGGAAAUUAAAGCGAUUAUGGUGUUUUUGUUGAAGAAUUUUGAAUUUAAAUUUCCGGAGGGGAAGGGAGAGAGGCCGGUGAGUUUGAUUUUUGAGACGCAGAAUUUGCCGAAUCCCGAGGGAAGGGUUUUGUUUCGGAGGAGGAGGGAUGGGGAGUGA